CUUUCCUGUUUGACUUAGUGACUCAGAGGCUGUUGCUCACAAACCAACAAACCCCGCAGGUGUGGCUGGUUGAGAGACACUGGUUAUACCAGGCUGCUCGGACAUGUGUGCCUUGGGGAGAGGGGCAAAGUGAGGAAGGAUCUGUUUGCUGUGAGCUUGAAAGUUGGAGAGGGCAGGAGAGCUCCUCCUCCACCCUGGGACUGCUCAUGGCAGGACAGACACCCACCUCAGACUGCUCUCAUCUCAUUGACCACAGCCACGUCCCCAAGUUUGAGGUGGCUCUGGGGGUCAAGAUCACCCUGGCCUUAAUCUACAUCUGCAUCUUUGUUGCGGGGCUCUUGGGCAACAGCAUCACCAUCAAAGUGACCCGGAUCCUGCAGAGGAAAGGCUACCUGCAGAAGGAGGUCACUGACCACAUGGUGAGCCUGGCCUGCUCCGACCUGCUGGUCAUCCUGCUGGGCAUGCCCGUGGAAUUCUUCAGCGCCAUCUGGAGCCCCUUCUCCACCCCCAACGGCAACCUGGCCUGCAAGCUGUACAGCUUCCUCUUCGAGGCGUGCAGCUACGCCACGGUGCUGCACGUGGCCACGCUCAGCCUCGAGCGCUACGUGGCCGUCUGCCACCCCUUCAGGUUCAAGGCCCUGGCCGGGGCCCGCGCCGUCAAGCUGCUCAUCGCCUUCGUCUGGGGCACCUCCGUGCUGGUGGCCCUGCCCCUGCUCUUUGCCAUGGGCACAGAAUAUCCCCUGGAGGCCAUCGAGGGCUACCAGAGAGCCAGCUCCUGUGUCAAACCCACCCCCAGGCACUACAUCCCCGAGCUGAAGCACAACAUGACCAUCUGCACCAACCUCUCCUCCAGGUGGGCUCUGUUCCAGGCCAGCAUCUUCAGCGCCUUUGCUGUGUACAUCGUGGUGCUGGGGUGUGUCACCUUCAUGUGCCACGGCAUGAUGAGAGCCCUGGUGAUGCACGAGGAGGGCACUGUGGCAGUGAAGGGCGCUCAGCACCAGGAGCGGUACCUGAGGAAAAGCUCCGAGGGCAAGAGCUCCAGGAGACAGAUCACUCUAUUCCUGGGACUGAUCGUCGCGACCCUGGCGCUUUGCUGGAUGCCGAACCAGGUCAGAAGGAUCAUGGCUGCCGCGAAACCAAAGCAGGACUGGACCGUCUCCUACUUCAACGCCUACAUCACCCUGCUCCCCAUCGCCGACAUCUUCUUCUACCUCAGCUCGGUGGUGAACCCGCUGCUGUACAACAUCUCCUCGCGGCAGUUCCGCAGCGUGUUCCUGCAGGUGCUGAGCUGCCGCCUCACCCUGCAGCACGCCAACAGGGAGCGCUUCCUCAGGGCCGCCCAGAGCUCCCCGGCGCGCAGCGGCCGCUCCCUGCGCCCGCUGCUCCUCGCGUCCUCCCGCCGCGCCUCUUCCGCCAGGGCCGGCGCCAAGGUUUGCCUGAGCACCUUCCAGAAGGAGCCCGCGCCCGGCUGCAGCCCAGGGGAGACGGGUCCUGCCCCGGCAGAUCCCAGCAGGGAAGAGGCGACCCUGGAGACUGGCUCAGAGCCCGAGCCGGGCACACAGAACGGCCUUUGUGAACAUCAGGUGUGACUUCAUAAGGCAAAGCUGACGCUUAGCAAACUUGAGAACGUGGGAAUUGAAAUGACCGAGGAAAGCGACAACAUCGCAAAAGGAAUAACACAGAUGGAUUUGUUUCCAGUUAUGCAAAGGGAACAGGAG